CUAGACUCCAUAGUAUUUUAGCAGUCUCGCACCUUUCCGUCUCCCGCGAACUAUCACUCUUCCAGGAGUCCUCUCUUCCAGCUCCUUCUCUUCUCUUCUCCAGAAAGUUAUACUGACGCGACGAAUCGCCAUGGCGACGCAGAAGCUAGGGCGCGUGCCGAGCAUGCGAGAGAGGGUCGAGGAUACCCUCCUGGCCCACCGCAACGAUCUCGUCUCCCUCUUCUCCAAGUAUGUCAACCAGGGAAAGAGUAUCCUACAGCCACAUGACCUCCUUGAUGGCCUCUCAGCCGUCAUCGCUGACGACAAGAAGCUUGCAGAGGACUCCUUCUUCGAGAUCCUUAAGUCAGCCCAGGAGGCAAUUGUAUUGCCUCCAUUCGUGGCCCUUGCUAUCCGCCCGCGACCAGGCGUGUGGGAGUUCGUCCGAGUGAACGUCCACGAACUCAUCGUGGAGCAGCUUGAAGUUUCCGAGUACCUACAGUUCAAGGAAAAACUUGUUGAUGAACAUUGCUCUAAUGAUAAAUAUCUUUUGGAGCUGGACUUUGAGCCCUUCAAUGCGGAUUUCCCUCGCCCGAACAGAUCUUCUUCAAUCGGAAAUGGUGUUCAAUUCCUUAAUCGGCAUCUUUCUUCAGUCAUGUUUCGAAACAGGGAAAGCUUAGAACCUUUGCUCAACUUUCUGAGAGCCCACAAAUAUAAGGGCCAUAUGAUGAUGCUGAACGAUAGGAUACAAAGUUUAUCAAGGCUACAGUCCACCCUAUCCAAGGCUGAAGAGUAUCUGUCUAAGAUCGACCCCAAGACACCUUUCUCUGAAUUUGCUCACAUGUUUCAGGAGAUGGGUCUGGAAAAAGGCUGGGGUGACACAGUUGAGCGUGCACUCGAGAUGAUCCACCUUCUUUUGGAUAUACUUCAGGCACCUGAUCCAGCAUCCCUUGAGAAGUUUCUGGGGAGGAUUCCAAUGGUUUUCAAUGUUGUAAUUCUUUCACCACAUGGCUAUUUUGGCCAGGCUAGUGUUUUGGGUCUACCUGAUACUGGAGGGCAGGUUGUAUAUAUAUUGGAUCAAGUUCGUGCUUUGGAGGGCGAAAUGCUUCAGCGGAUUAAAAACCAGGGACUAGAUGUUGAUCCACGAAUUCUUAUUAUUACAAGGUUGAUACCUGAAGCAAAAGGAACGACAUGCAACCAACGACUUGAGAGAGUUACUGGAACAAAGCACACUCACAUUUUGCGGAUUCCUUUUAGAAAUGAAAAUGGAAUUCUCAGAAAAUGGAUCUCAAGAUUUGAUGUGUGGCCUUACUUGGAGAAAUUUGCGGAGGAUUCAGCAAGUGAAAUAGCGGCUGAAUUACAUGGCACUCCAGAUCUGAUCAUUGGGAACUACAGCGAUGGAAACCUUGUUGCAUCCUUGCUGUCAUAUAAACUAGGAGUAACUCAGUGCACCAUUGCUCAUGCGCUUGAAAAAACAAAAUAUCCAGAUUCAGACAUAUAUUGGAAAAGCUACGAGGAAAAGUACCAUUUUUCAUCUCAAUUUACUGCUGAUCUAAUUGCUAUGAACAAUGCUGACUUUAUUAUCACUAGUACCUACCAAGAGAUAGCUGGAAGCAAGAAUACAGUUGGCCAAUACGAGAGUCACACUGCCUUUACUCUUCCUGGUUUAUACCGGGUAGUCCAUGGCAUUGAUGUUUUUGAUCCCAAGUUUAAUAUAGUCUCUCCUGGAGCGGACAAGUCUAUUUAUUUCCCUCAUUCAGAAAUAGAAAAAAGGUUGACCUGUCUUCAUGGUUCCAUUGAAAGUCUUGUGUAUGGCGUUGAGCAAACUGAUGAGCAUAUUGGUAGAUUGGAUGAUCGAUCAAAACCCAUCAUAUUCUCCAUGGCUAGGCUGGACCGGGUGAAGAACUUAACUGGUCUUGUUGAAUUGUUUGGUAAGAGCAGUAAACUAAGAGAGCUUGCCAACCUUGUUGUGAUUGGUGGCUACAAUGAUGUGAAGAGAUCCAGUGACAGAGAAGAGAUUAAAGAGAUCGAGAAGAUGCACGAACUCAUCAAGAAGUAUGGUUUGGAUGGACAGUUCCGUUGGAUUUCCUCCCAGACUAACAGGGCACGUAAUGGGGAACUCUAUCGCUACAUUGCUGAUACCAGAGGCAUAUUUGUUCAACCUGCUUUUUAUGAAGCAUUUGGACUAACUGUUGUGGAAGCAAUGACUUGUGGUCUUCCAACAUUUGCAACAUCCCAUGGUGGUCCUGCAGAGAUUAUUGAACAUGGAAUUUCUGGUUUUCAUAUUGACCCGUAUCACCCACAGCAGGCUACAACUCUCAUGAUAGAGUUUUUUGAACGUUGCAAUAAGGAAUCUGGUUACUGGGAUGAAAUUUCAAAAGCAGGGCUGCAGCGAAUUUACGAGAGGUACACAUGGGAAAUUUAUUCAGAGAGGCUAAUGACACUUGCUGGGGUUUAUGGAUUCUGGAAGUUUGUCUCCAAGCUUGAGAGGCGCGAGACAAGGCGAUAUCUGGAGAUGUUCUACAUCUUGAAGUUUCGGGAGCUGGUGAAAUCUGUUCCACUUGCGGUUGAUUAGCGAGUUCCGCCAUUCCUCCUAGCAAUGCAAGAGGCCCAGGUGAAUAAUGCUUUGUCAGCUUUCCUGCAAAAGCUUGAUCUACAGAGCAGAUUGUAGAAUUUUAUAUUUAACCAUAUUAUUCUCUAUGUGGGAUUUUAAUCUUGUUUAUGUUAUGUAAAAAGGAAUAAGGGAUAUCUAAGUACCUAACCUUGUACUUGAGAGUUGCACUGUAGCAUAGUCCUUGCCUGGAACUAUAAUUGCUGUCGAGGAAGGAUUUAGCGGCAUUGGAAGUGGAAAUUGAAGGCUGAAAGGGUGGAUGCUGCUGCUGCUGCUUGUGAACGUUGGUUGGAGGCAAUGGACGGUGACCACCACCCCAAAACUUCAGGUUACCGAGAAUAAGAGCUAUGACUCUCUUUCUAAACGCUAAAAAUUUUAAUUCUCUUAUUAAGGACUCCGUUAUUUACAA